AUGUCUGUCAUCUCAUGCCUCAUUCAAAUAGGUCCCCCCAGCUCGCCAAGCCUGCGAAUUCACCCCAAGCAGGCCUUGGAUGAGCUUCCUCUCUUUCGACAGACCUCAAUGCCUCCCUCGAAACUCCCUUCUCACACCUCCUCUGUCCGAAGACUCUGUACCCGUCGUCCUCGCCCGUCCGUCGCGUCAAUAGCAGAUAUUUUUGUCGGCUCGCUGGUUCUGGCAAGCUUCUGCCACGAACACUCGCCGAAUCGUCGGGGGUUGUCGACAGUAGCCUGGGGUGCCUCAGAUCAUAAUUUACAAAAAUUCCAAAGCAAAGGCGCCAAUGGUCGCAGACAGCCACCACCCCGACGACAGCCAGAGUAUUCAAACUCAAGGUUUCAUCUGUCGCAACCAAAAAGAUUGAUCAGCAACGGAUUGGCACGUACGAAUGACGAUAAUACAGAGGAGUAUAAUAUUGAGACCGAGUCGCGGGAGGAGACGGAGACAGACAACGACUAUAUACCAUUGUGGCCGGCAAAGAAUGCGGACGCGGAAUCGCAAACCCGUUGUGAAAGAUUUGAUUUUACAUACGAUUUCGACCGCAGAAUAGAGAUAACAGAAUACACCAAAACCGACAUCGACCCCAAAUUGCCGGACAAAUACCCCCGCCAAUCCUUCCCGUCAUGGAUGCAUCCAGAGAAGGAGAAACAUCUCUCUAUCUCGAAGCUGUACGAAAGGUCCUUGGCAGAUUAUGACUGGGAGGAAGCAGUGAAUGCAGUGGCGCCAUAUUCGCGUUACAAAAAGACGUACAAAGAUCAGUCGCACGAUCAAAUGGAAAUCCACUCGGUUGAGAAGCUUAGAUCUUCCUGCCCCCGGGGUAGCUUUGCUUCGCAACGCACCCGAGGUGCUCUGUUGCGUUUGUUCGCGCAUCCGCGGGAUCGGCGGUGGGUAGAUGCUCGUCGCUACUUGGCAUUGGUGGAUGACAUGGUAACUGCUCGACUUCCUCUAUCCCGCUCACUCUGGUCUUCCGCGAUACAUCUUUCUGGCCGAGCCAACGGCAGAGUUUUAAAACGAGAUCUUAUCCGAGCCGUGGGCAUGUGGCAGAAGAUGGAACACAUCGCUGGAGUGAAGGCUGACGAAGUGGUUUUCAACAUCCUGUUCGACAUCGCAAUCAAAGCCGGUGCAUUCAAAGUCGCUGAUCGCCUGGAGGAGGAAAUGACGAAGCGCGGUCUGAGCUUUUCACGGUGCGGAAAGACAUCCAAAAUCUACUAUUUUGGGAUGAUACGGGAUGUUGAAGGUAUUCGAGAGACUUUUGACGACUUUGUGAAAUCGGGCGAAAUCGUCGACACAGUUGUCAUGAACUGCCUCAUUGCCUCUUUCCUUCGGGCAGGCGACACUCAAACUGCGGAGCAGCUGUAUGCGCGCAUGCUGGAGAAACAAUCAAGCAACAACAAACGCAUCUCGCAUUCGGACGAUGGGUCCCACUUUCACAUUGGCGGGUCAAAUCUGAGCUAUGACAUGCCCCAAUACCGGGAAAGAUCCCGAAAGCUGGGCCGUGUAUUGAAGAAGUCGUCAGCACUCAAGGAGAAGUUUCCGGCAUACCACCGUGCUCUCCAGGAUUCCCUCUCCAUUGCACCCGACACGCGGACAUUUUAUAUCUUCCUACGACACUACGCCUACAACACUGGCCAGCUCGACAGCUUCAUGGCUGUUAUGCGUGACAUGGAGAAGACUUUUGCCGUCCCACCACGUUCUAUAAUCUAUCUGUUCCUCUUUGAAGGGUUCGCUCUGCAUGGUCGGAGGAAAAAGCAGUGGAGUGCGGAAAACCUUCGGCUGACAUGGCAUGCAUACAUCCGGGCUCUGCGCGACUCUAACGCGAGACUCCGUGGACUAAAUUUGAACAACCGAAAGAUGACGUGGGAGAACCCCCUGGCUAAGAGCGUGGCAAUCGAGGUCGAGGAGCUACCAGUGACCGAUGCUCCCAACGGGUUGUACAUGGCUUUGCCGACAGCAGAUACAGCUGGGAACCCACAGGGAUCCGAGGAAACUGCCGAGGGUUCCGCCAUAGAUGAUUCCCAAGACACCGAACAAGACGCAAAGCCUGAGCUGGACGGAAAUGAAGAUGAAUCCACAGAAAUAGAGGAACUUGACGUAGAUGAGAUCUUCAACCCUCGUUUGCAGGUUCCCAGCGAAGCAGAGCAAGAAGAAAACUGGGAUCCUGAUCAGCGUCUCGAGAAUGGUCUUUUUGUUGGACGUCGGAUGAUCACCAUUAUCCUGCAAGCAUUUGGAACAUGUUGUGGUCCCAAAGAGGUCCUCGAGGUUUGGUUGCAACUUGAGCGGCUUUGGCAUCCACAGCAGCGCAAAGCGGUUGAUGUUUUUGCCGUCAAGGAAGAGCUUGAUAGACAGAUGUCCAGGGAUCCGCAUCGGAACCGCUGA